AUGGCCCGUCGAGUAUGGUGGGCGGCCCUCUUGGGCCUACUCGGGGUCCAUGGCGCCUGCCCCGGCUACAACAGCCAAACCACGGCUCCUAUCGCUGCCACGGACAACGCAGCAGCUCUUGAAGCAGCGUUGAACGCUAUCACUACAGGGGUGACUGUCGUGCUGGACGGAGGCAGCGCAGUCUGCGGCAACUCCGGCGUGUCUUCCAAGAUUUCAUUUCUCAACUACGAUGGAGUCGUCCUUCCAUUCACUGUCACCACUUCCAGCAAUGACUUGGUUUUGACGUCAGCCUCAUUGGAUGAUGGUGUAGGAGGCACGGCAGCUGCAUAUGGCACUAGGUUCCCCACCGUGUCGGCAAACAAACAAUCGCUCGAGUGUUCUGGGCGGGGCAAGUGCAUUCACACCACCGGAGUUUGCUCGUGCGAAGCGACUUACACAUCAAGCAACGCUGUAGGUUUGGCGAGUGAAGGCACAGUUGGUGACUGCGGGUAUCGAACGUCGACGGCAACCCCUGUCUGUCCAGGUUCGACUUGCAGUGGUCAUGGGUCUUGCUCUGGAGCUCCGUCUUACCAAUGCAGUUGCAACGAUGGAUGGGCUGGCUUUGACUGCUCCCUUCGACGUUGCCCUCAAGGGAGGGCCUGGUUUAGCCCGCCGACUGUCCCGGACACCGCACACGACACCCUCGUGGAGUGCUCCAACGUGGGUCUCUGCGAUCGCACGAUUGGCAUGUGUCGGUGCAACUCGCUGUUUGAAGGGCGGGCAUGCGAACGACUGGCGUGUCCAAACCAAUGCUCUCAUCGGGGCAAGUGCAAAUCCCUUCGUCAACUCGCGUCGCUGCAAGAGGCAAACGGCGUCGCGACGGCGGGAUUUGUUUACGGAACAGGCUUCAACGCGAUGGCGACCUGGGACGCCGACACCAUUCAAGGCUGCCAUUGCGACAAGACAUUGAUGCUCUUCGGCGAAGCUCCUCGAUAUACGGCGUAUGACUGCUCCAGCACUCCAUGUCCAUCUGGGGACGACCCGUGGACUCUGAACCAAGCAAAUGAAGUCCAAGAGAUCGUUUGCACUGCAGACGGUGGAGCGAUCGCUUUGUCAUUCCGUGAUUAUACCACCAAGAUGCUGCCAUUCAAUGCAGUCGCCGCUCAAGUGCGCAAUGCGCUCGAGUCCCUUCCGACGAUUGGCCGAGUGCAAGUGACCAUGGCGAGUGGAGCCCUGUGCUCAUUGGCCUCGUCGAGAACGACGGUGUCGUUCGUGACGAAUUCAGGAGCAUUGCCCUCUCUAGUUGUCGAUGGUUCAAGGCUCACGUCGUCAGGGGCGGGAGUCAUGGUGUUUGUUGUUCGUUCUAAACCUGGCACGACAGAAGAUAUCGAGUGCAAUGGCCGUGGAUCCUGCGAACCUUCGACGGGACAGUGUCGCUGUGUCUUGAACUUUGCCACAAGCGAUGGACAGGGCGGUCCCGGAAUUCUCGCUGACUGCGGGUACACGGAUUUGUUCAUGAACCAAGGAGAGAUCAAGGCCACGCUCCUUCUGCUCCUCGCACAGGAGUGUAUACGCGCCUCGUCCAUGAAGGAACCCGUGUUUGGCACAGUCAAUGGCACCAGAGUCCCUCGAGGUGUCGGUGUCCCAACACUCACGACGGACUGCGAUGAUGUGUUGUUCCCGCCCCGCAUCGACAAGAAUAGACAGUCAACGCAGCACGCCAAGAUGUGCAUUUGGAUGCCCGACAGAUCUUGCAUAGCUGCCAUGGACCAAUACUACCUUCCAGGAGCUCGACCGACCCCGAGUGGCACCUUUCCUUCGUAUUCGUUUGAUGGAUCCCUCGUCAACAUUACGUCCGUCGACGUGCUCGAAUCGCUUCCGGUGGACUCGUCCAUCAUCUACCUCACACAUCUCGGCAUCUCUCGCCUUGGCAACGUCUUGGACAUCGACCCAUUCGACGUUGACGAGACCCAGCUUCCAAUUCUCGAUCUGAUCCUCCACAACAACAACAUUUCAUCGAUUCAGAGCAUCACGUUUCCCCAUCAACUUCGGAAUCUGAGCUUGCACUCGAACAAUAUUCGCAACAACGCAGUUCAUCUGGGUCAAACCAUGUCGCUCAAGACACUCAACUUAAGCUUCAACCGCAUCUCAUCCCUGGCCAACUUGAGUCUCCCCCCGGCGUUAGAAACCUUAAACUUGUCUGGCAAUGCGCUGUCGAUGGAUCUCUCGUUCCCUUCGACCGCCCCACUCAAACGGAUGGACCUCUCGGCCAACAAUAUCUCUGACACAACCAAAGUGAAAUGGCCGCCUCUUUUGACGACUCUGUACCUGGACGGCAACAACAUUCAAGUCUUGUUCCUUCGCUUCACCCCGACCUUGCAGCACCUGUGCAUCGGUCGCAACCCGCUGAAACGAAUCACUGCCACCAAGAAAAUGCUUGAUCACUUUAAAACGUAUGGACGCAUCAACGACCCGGCCAUGUGUCCAUAUGCAAAUGCUUCGUAUCCUCUUCUGGAGUGCUCUGGUCGGUCCUGCGACUCGGCGGGGUCCCUUCCCGUCUAUAUAGUGCUGGACACUGCUGCAGAUGAAUUGCUAUUCCCCAUCAAACAGGAAGAUUCCCGUCUUGGGACGCUGUACAUUUCGAUUGUCGUGUUCUGUGCGGCCCUCGUCAUCGCGUCCGUCGCCGUCUGGUUGGAGUGGAAGCGCAGGGUACGGUUGAAUGAAGACCAAGUGUGGCACCGCGAAGGAACCCCCGGCAAUCGCCCGACUCUGGUUGACAGCACCGAACUCUUUAACGACAUUCGAUUCGACCCGACCUUCAUCCCGUUCCGCAUCCCGUCGGCAGCAGUGUCGAGAGAGCGACUGCUUGCUCGCGGUGGCUACGGCGUUGUCUACCUGGGUACGUGGAAGCCAGACAAAGGGCCGGCCGUCCAAGUUGCAAUGAAGCGGCUGCUCCCGGAGAAACUAGCCCACAUUCACAACAUCGAGGACUUUAUGGACGAAAUCCGGCUCAACAGUCGGCUGCAGCAUCCCAAUAUCGUGGCUUUCUACGGCUACACGUGGACGAGUCUGCUUAACUUAUCGAUGGUGAACGAGUACAUGUCUCACGGCGACCUGUGGACACUGCUGCAGCAAGACCGCCGGUCGCAUGCCCUUCCGUGGAACAUUGCGGCGCACUUCCGCUUGAAUUGGUCCGUCGAAUCGACCGCAGCGGAUGUGGCACGACCGACGGAUCCGUCGGCAGGCCUCUUGGAUGUGUCUUGCCAAGUGUCCAAGGAGCGGCUCCUGCGGGAUGUUGUGCUAGCGUUGGCGUACCUCCACAGUCAAGAUAUCAUUCAUCGGGAUCUCAAGGCAAAGAACGUGAUGCUCGGUCCUUCCUACAAGGCCAAGUUGACCGACUUUGGGACGUCGCGGUCUUGCACGAACGACGGUGACGAAACGAUGACGGCCGAGAUUGGAACGGUGGCGUGGAUCGCGCCAGAGAUUCUCAAGGGCGUGCGGUACUCUGCCAAGGCAGACAUGUACUCGCUCGGGGUGCUGCUUUCUGAAAUGGACACGCUGGAAGUGCCGUAUUCGUCCGUCCGCCGUCGACAGUCCAUCGACGACUCGUCCAAGGCCGUCGAUGUCGCGAAAGCCCGCAUCGCGAUGCUUGUGGUCGCAGGUGAACUCAAGCCAGAGUUCACGCGAUCAUGUCCGCCCUGCAUCUACCUCAUUGCCCAGAGAUGCUUGGCGUACAACCCAGACGACCGACCGUCCGCGGCCAAAGUCCUCGCCUGGCUCAACCAGCUUCGCCAGUCCAAGCCUACUUUGGAAUAG